CUCCCAUAGUGGAUCAGUUUGAAUCUUCGCCGCUGCGGUCUGGAGGAGUGCAGUUGCUGUUAAAACGUGGGAUAAAAACUAACUCUAAAACAGAAUGGAUUCUCCUGCCAGACCGGGAAGCAACAGCCCUUUCAAAACCCCCAGGAACAUCCGUGUGAGGAGCUCUGGGAGCAGUGGCAGUGGUACUCCUGUCACGAUCCCCGCCUCACCCUUCAUGAAGAAACUGGGCUGUGGCACUGGGGUCAAUGUUUACCUUUUGGACAGGAUGGGAAAGCUGAACCUGUCGCCCUGGGCUGUGAAGAAGGUCAAUAGUAAAUGUGCAUCUAAGCAGGUGGCACUGUACCAGGAACGUCUCAAUGAAGAGGCAAAGAUCUUGAAGGAGCUUAACCAUCCUAAUAUUGUUGGUUUUCGUGCUGUUGCCACUGCUAAAGAUGGAUCCAAGUGUCUAGCCAUGGAGUAUGGAGGAGAGCAGUCACUCAAUGAUCUGAUUGAGACGAGGAGAGAGGAGGGUCUGAAGGCUUUUCCUGCAGUUAACAUUGAAAAAGUGGCGCUACAUGUGGCUCGCGGUCUGGAGUAUCUUCACACUGAAAAGAAGCUGCUACAUGGCGACAUGAAAUCCUGUAAUGUGGUCAUUAAAGGGGACUUUGAGACCGUGAAGAUCUGUGAUGUGGGUGUAUCUCUGUUUCUGGAUGAGAACAUGAAAGUGUCAGACCCAAAGGCGGAGUACAUUGGCACAGAGCCAUGGAACGCAAAGGAGGUGAUGGAGGGGGGAGAGAUCUCUGACAAGACGGACAUUUUUGCGUACGGGCUGACGCUGUGGGAGAUGAUGUCUCUGUCCAUGCCUCACCUGGAGAUGCUGGAUGACAAAGAGGAGCAAAUAGAGGAGGAAGAUGGAGAUGACUCAGAAGAGGAGGUGAGUUUUGACGAGGAUUCAUAUUACGAGCGCUUGGGGACCCGUCCUGCGCUGGAUGCAGAGGCUCUGGGUGCGUCGUACAGGAGGAUGGUGGAGCUGUUCUACGUCUGCACUGAGGAGGACCCUAAAAAACGCCCCUCCGCCUCACAGAUUGUCCAGGCCUUAGAGAGCAACGUCCUCCUCAACAAAAGUCAUAAGCAACAACCUGAGGUCAUAGUGAUAGACUGACCUGGAACUGAACUACAGCCAUCUACUUGAUCUAAUGUAAAUGUAAUUUAUUUUUUUGUCUAUUUUCUAUCUUGCUCAGUCUCUUCCUGUCUUUGUAUAAUUUGCUUGAAAUCUAUGAAUACAAUUACAAUUUUGAAAUCUUUCAAAUCUGGAAGUAAUCCUUAUGUCUGAAACCCUUUAUCCUAUUUUAUCUAAGUGAAACAUAUUUUAUUAAAUGAAUUGAGUAAUGCUA